ACUCCCCUCCUCCUUUUCACGUUUCGCCCAAUGAGCAGUGAUGUUCUCCUUUGUUGUUAAACGUGCACUGACGGCGGAACUGAGGGAUUCGGGGGACAGGCUAUCAACUUGAGUUAGCUUACCAAUAAGUUCUCUCUCUUGCCUUCUGUCUUUUUUGCUAGUUCUCUCUCUUGCACACUCUCUCUCACUCUCUGUCUCUCUAUCUCUCAGAUGGAGGUAGAGCAGCUCCUCUCUCUCUCAGGCCCGGCGUUGGCCCAGGCAAUAAGUUCUCUGCUGGAGACACCAGGCCUCUACGUGUUCUCAGACAUCCUUGAGCUGCCCAACGUCAGAGAGCUGGAGACAGGCCCGCACGCUCCAGUGUAUCAGCUACUCAACCUCUUCGCCUAUGGAACCUACUGUGACUAUAAAGAGAGGGCAGCCUCUCUCCCAGAGUUGACCCCAGCCCAGAGGAACAAACUCCGUCACCUCUCCAUCAUCAGUCUGGCAUCUAAUCUCAAGUGCCUGCCCUACUCCCUGCUCCUGCAGCAGCUGGAGCUGAAGAACGUGCGGGAGCUGGAGGACCUGCUGAUUGAGGCGGUCUACUGUGACAUCAUUCAGGGCAAGCUGGACCAGAGGAACCAGCAGGUGGAGGUGGACUGCAGCGUGGGCCGAGACCUGGGGCCCAAUGAGCUGCCCAACAUAGCCAACACACUACAGGAGUGGUGUUCAGGGUGUGAGGCGGUCCUGUGUGGGAUCGAGGAGCAGGUAACCAGAGCCAACCAAUACAGAGAGAGCCAGCUGAAGGUCAAAGUUCAGGUGGAGACAGAGGUGUCAAACCUCCAGAAAACGCUAAAGGCCAGCUCCGCCUCACCGUCGUCCGGCCCCGCCGCCGCUGGAGCCGCAUCCAAUCAGGAUGCAGACCAGCCGGCCGAGCCACGAGACCCCGCCUCCUCUCAGGAACCACGGCAACCGGGCAAGAAGAGUUCAAAGGUCAAAGGGCUCCGUGGAAGUGGGAAGAUCUGGUCCAAGUCCAACUGAAGGCAGAGAGACCCCGCUGAUCCACUGUCAGAUGCACGGACUGAGACACAGGUUGACAGACACAUAGACCCACACAGACUCAUAGACCGAUAAUGUGACCCAUGCACAGACAGACACUGAGAUUAACACACACGUUCACACAUCCUUGCACGCACGGAAACACACACACACAUAUAUACAGACACCGAGUCCGACAGACACACUGUCAGUGAGUGACCGACUUGACACCCAUUCUGAUAGGUGUGUACACACAACCAGACAGACGGACUAUCUGCACUGUGUAUAUACACAGACCCAAACCCAUUCUAACGUGUACACAGAGAGAGAGAGACAGAGAAUAAUCUGCUCUGGGCAGAGCUUUGCUGCUGUCGGGAGAAGCAGCGCCACGGGCACUGAAACCGAAUGUGUGUAUUUGAUGUAUUCUAUUGUGUUACACUUUUUGUUUGUUUGUAUUUUUUUUUCUGCUGAGGAUUGAGUUGAGACGUGUAUAAAAUCAGGAUAUGAAUUGUUGGUAAUAAAUUGAACCCCCUCUAUUCAUUUA